AACGAGCACAAAAGAGACCGGAAAUAUCCGACAAAGCGCUAGCGUUUUGCCUCCGCCGCGACUCUCGAGCCGCAAUUAGACUGCACGCUUCGGACCCCUCUAUUGCUCGGAAGCCAAUCCCAACAGUCAAUAGUAGUAACGACCACGGCACGCUAGUCAGUGGAGCCCUACGGAGAAAGGCAUCAGUGCACAACACCGUUUGAAGUGCCUCACGCCUAGGUCCAUUCGUCGAGGCUUUUAUUCGCAAGAAGCUGAGAAUACCCAGGGGAUAAAGGCGGCUCGCUUUGUUACGCGUAAUUAGUUGAAGUGUCUAGCUACGAGAUCAGAACCACAAAGCGGCUGCCGUUGAGCCUUACACUUCAAGCAAAAGCUCGAAUAGGAGUGCUUACGUCGAGUAAGAGCAAGCCGUUCUGCGGGUAAAGCUCGCACGAGGUCUCACUAUCCACCACGUUUCGUUCUUUGCAACUUUCCGUUUCGUGCCACGAGUAAUUUUUCAAUUCACGGCCCUUUUUUCCUCCUUCCAGAAUGAAGCAGUCAGGAGCGUCGAUGAGCAAGAGUCAAUCUCUGUCGUCGAUUCCAGUGCCAGUGCUAGAUGCUCCCUUCCUUCACAAUAGUCACAGCAAGUACAAGCACGACAGGGGACCGUCCUGGUCGCUCCUCGUCCUAGCCUGCGCGCUCACUGCGAUUGUAUCCAGCCUCGCAGGAUCGUACACUUCGUACGCGCUAACGAGAGAUUCGAUACAGUCCACACGUUCCAAUGACCUACUUGAACCCUCCACGUACAGUCCUACUCCUCCCACCCAAAUCUCCAGCGAAUCUAGAGUAACCCGAAAAACAGGGACGGACGCGGUAGUUUUAUACUCGCCAAAAGCAUCCCUGCUAUCUCGCUAUGCGGACCUCAUCGGACCGAGCAGUCGCAGGCGCGACACCGGCGGGGGGGGUGGGAAUGGUGCCGGAAGUCGCGGCGGGAAUCACGAAGCUGACUGGGUCCGACGAUUGGUGGAAUCGGCAAAAGACAACGGCAGCGCGCAGAAGAGGAACGGGUCAAUGGUGGUUCUUGUAACGGGGGCUGCAGGGUUCAUCGGGUCGCACCUCGCGCUAGCUCUUAAAGCGGAGGGUCACGGGGUGGUGGGACUGGACAAUUUUAACGACUACUAUGACACCGCGCUUAAAGAAGCGCGCGCGGCGCGGCUCUGGUCUUCGGGAAUUGAGAUUAUCCGAGGUGACUUAAACAACGGGACGCUUCUCGACGCGCUGUUCGGUACAGUCACAUUCACCCACGUGGCGCAUAUGGCGGCCCAGGCGGGGGUGCGGUACGCGUUGGAGAAUCCGUCGUCCUACGUGGACAGCAACGUCGCAGGGUUCGUGAAUCUUCUGGAGAGAUGUCGCAGGGUGCCUGUGCGACAGCCUGCGAUCGUCUGGGCGUCGUCGAGCAGCGUGUACGGGGUGAAUCGCGAGGUCCCGUUUUCGGAGUCGCACAGGACCGAGCGACCGGCGAGCCUGUACGCUGCGACGAAGCUGGCUGGCGAAUCGAUCGCGCACUCGUAUAAUCACAUCCACGGAUUGUCGCUGACCGCGUUGAGAUUCUUCACUGUAUACGGGCCGUGGGGAAGACCCGAUAUGGCGUACUUCUUUUUUACGAAGAAUAUAUUGGAGGGAAGGGCGAUUGAUGUGUACAUGGGAGCCAAUGGGACCCUCGUAUCGAGAGACUUCACCUAUAUUGAUGACAUUAUCAAGGGUUGUGUCAGCGCCCUAGAAACAGCUACACCCAGCACUGGCGUCCAAGGCAAGAAGACAGGUCCGGCACAGCUUCGGGUGCUGAACCUCGGGAACACCCAACCUGUCUCCGUCCCUCAUCUAGUCGACUAUCUACAGUUGCAUCUGCAGGAGAAUGCUCUGAAGCGGUUAGUGCAGCUGCCUCAUAACGGGGAUGUGCCUUUCACACAUGCAAAUGUGUCAAGAGCUGAGCAUGAGCUAGGGUAUCACCCUACAGUGGGGCUCAAGGAGGGCCUGCAGAGAUUUGUGAGCUGGUACCUGAGAUUUUAUGGGGGAGGUGCUACUAAGCAAGCUGAAGGGGAGAAGAUGCCAAGGAGAAGAAGGGCAAGGUCAGAGUCAGGUGGGAAGGCGAGGUUUGGCAGAGACAAGGCAUCAUUGUAGGCGAGUUUUUUAGAAGCAAUAAGGUUUGUAAGCGGAUGCUAACUAACAUAUAUAGUUUAAUUGUUCUUACCUUGUGUAAUGUGCUAUUGCAAUAUUAGGCUCUAUUUGAA